AUGCGUUACGAAAAUUGGGAUGUUUUGCUCUUCCCCGAGAGUUGCAAAGUGCCCGUCCAGGAGUUCAAAACGCAAUGCUUCGUGACCAAGGAUACUGAGUCCCCGUACCUUCAGAUUUCUACCAGCAUGAGUCCUCCGUCCUACUAUCCUGCUCAAGGCAAUGUUGGUCAAGUACCCGUUCUGACGACCUUUAUUCCGAGCAUGCCCAAGAACAGUUCAUUUCGUGUCUCCAUUCACAGCUGGGACAAGCCGCGUCCCAGCCGCUUCAUGGAGAAAUUGAUGGAACCGGAGGACGUGUUGGUGUUUGAGGGCCGGGUCUUCAUUGACGGACAGCUUGUUGCUGGCGGGAUCUUUGGUCAGCGGGCCUUAUGGCCUUAUGUUAUCGAUUUUAGUUCCAGUAAUCUAUCCUCCUCGUCCCUCUCCGAGACAUGGGCUGACUCUAUUGCAGACAUCGAUCGUGACGGCAAUCAGGACGUUCUUCGCUUCCCUCCUUUCCACCCCGAGAUCUUGGACCAACAACAUUGGGAUGCUGGAGACCCCUUCGGCCGGGUCAAGGUCAUCAUUUCCGAGGGGUUUGCCCGUCCAACCCGAUCUCCUCCCUUUGAACGGGUCAAAGAUGUGAUCACUUUAUCUUUCCAGCACGCUCCUCUGAGCAUCUUGGAAUACUCCAACAUCGCCUGGCCCAACUCUAACAUGUGGACCCAGGCCCUGCGGGUCGGACCCAAAUUCGACUCUACUGGGAAGGUCGGUGGGGCGGGGCCGGAUGAUACUCCUCAUGGCCACUCUCCAUCCCGGCCAGAGCCUCGACUCCCGCAAACCAUCAGCAGCGAGUCUAGUAGUACUCAGAGCGGGGCUUCCAAUGUAUGGGUAUCCAAUGCAUGGGUUUCCAACCGUGCAUUCCCCUUCCCUGUGCCUCAGUGGGAUCGCCAGGGGCACGAACGUCGAUGGGGAUUCUACCCAGAUCGUUACUUUGAACCACUUACGACUGAACAAGUUAUUGAACCGUUGAUCACCGAUGACGUCUGGAACCAUAGAGGUGCCCGAUCAUCUUGUGAAGAUGUUCCCAUGCCAGACUACUCCAGCAUCGCCAGCAGCCGUGCUAUGUCGAGCGUGGCUGGAAUGAGCUAUGGACACAGCAAACAAGCCAGCAUGACGACGCCGGUCGAUGACGAUCAGAUAAACGACUUAAUCCAAGCCAUGACUCCAACUAAAGUACCACCUACAACUGGCACUCGGGCUCCUUCCAAUACCCCGUCGACUUUGCCUGCAACAGCAAAGUCCUCUGUUGUAGUCGAAGUUCGCCAUGGCAGCACCCGCACUUCUGCUCUGCGAGAACUGUCGCAGCCUAGUACCCGCGAUGUAUCCGGGUCGAGCAACAAAUCUCUACCAGUUGAGCAGGUUACAACUCCAUCGAGACUCGCUCAUAGUCCCAGUGGCAGCAUCAAUGGCAAGAAAGAAUGGGCCAAGGAAAACUCAAAGGAAUCCUCGCAGACGAGUUCCGAGGAGGAUGUAAUCGAGGACCCAAAGGAGAAUAAAACCCUCCUGGAGAAGAAAGCUGACUGUGAGCAAGCUGUGGAGGUGGGCGAAGGACUUACCUCUGUUUCCUUGUGA